CAGCCCUGCCUCAUUCUUUUCUGCGUCAUUCCACGUCCAACGUCUGCUUCAGCACCCGCCGCGAAGAACGACUUACCCAUCGCCGAAGGACCUACAAAGUUGCUGGCCAUCUUGAUAGCGACAGGUAAACCGUCUUCAGCCGAUCUUUCUACAGUCUGCGGGGUUGGAUAUUCGACUUCGGAGACGCCUUUACUGGUUCAGAUCGAUCGCAGGUGUGCAGAGUGGCCCGGUGUCAACUAUCCUGACUUAGGAGCCAGUCUCUCAACUUCAAGAUACUCAUUCUUUAAAUCUCAUACUUCACCUUGUGCGUCGACUGCUUUUGACGAUCUGCUGAGAUCGAAGCGAAUAUCGCCACAGCCUUGGCUUCACUUCAACCUCAGUGAACAUCAAGUAGAAUUCAAGUGACAACCCUGCGGAGAUCGCUUUCAACAGCGCGAACCUUCAAAGCGUAACUACUUCAGUUGGCACUGGAGUUCUCUCCAGACCAAACCGGCAAACUGCAUUCUCCGCUUUUCGUCAAGUUCCAUACGAAACGACUCUGCACAACACCCACAAAAGACCUGAAAACACGCUUUCUGGUUACCAAGAAGAAGAAGUCUCUGCCCAAAGAGAAGGUUUCCCCGCGGCAGAUCUUAUGUGAUACUAGAAAUAUAUACCACAAGAAGAACGCAUACGAACCCAAGAUGGCUACCACUACCGCCACCGCUCCUGGCGAGACAGACCCGUAUAUCGAGAACCUGAAUAUGCAGAUGAUAUGCAAGGAGUGCAAAGAAUUCCCGCCCAACCUGGUUGAAGAGUUUUCCUCUGGCGACAUGGUCUGCGGCUCCUGCGGCCUCGUCCUUGGAGAUCGGAUUGUCGAUACACGUUCCGAGUGGCGCACUUUCGCAAACGAUGACCAAGGCAACGACGACCCAUCCCGUGUCGGAGACGGCGCGAACCCGCUCCUCAACGGAUCUCAGCUCUCCACGACCAUUGCAUUUGGCGAUGGUUCUGGCCGUAGCCGCGAUCUUCAGCGCGCACAGAACAAGUCUGCUCAUGACAAGGGCACCAAGAACCUUUUGGCAGCAUACAAGGAGAUCGGCGCCCACUGCGACGCCAUUGGAAUCCCCAAGACCGGCGCUGAUGUAGCCAAGCACCUGUUCAAGAUGGUGGAUGAUGCGAAAGCAUUCAAAGGGAAGUCCCAAGAAGCCCUCAUCGCCGGGUGCAUCUUCAUCGCCUGCCGCCAGAGUGGAGUCCCCCGUACCUUCCGCGAGAUCUACGCCUUGACGAAGGUUUCGAAGAAGGAUAUCGGCCGCACCUUCAAGGCGCUGGAGAAGUUCUUCGCCAGCGACGAGAAUAAGGCGGCGCUGACAAAUGGCUCCCUCGCGCAAACGGACGCGUACCAAGCGACGACCUCUACGAACGCCGUAGACCUCGUCGUGCGCUUCUGCUCGCAGCUCGGCCUGCACGGCCAGCAGUUCGUCAAGGUCUCCCAGGGCCUCGCGGACAAGGUAUCCACCAUGGGCGACCUCGCCGGCCGCUCCCCGCUCUCCGUCGCCGCCGCGUGCAUCUACAUGGCCAGCCACCUGCUCGGCAAGCCCAAGAGCGCGCGCGAGAUCGGCAACAUGGCUGGUGUCAGCGACGGUACCAUCCGCACCGCGUACAAGUUCCUGUACCAGGAUCGCGAGCGCCUCCUCGAGCCUGAGUGGCUCGCUGGCGGGAAGGGCAAGAUGGAGAAUCUGCCUGCCAGCUGAGCCUACUGCUGCUUCUUGCGACGGCGCCACGAAAGGAGUGACAUCCCUAAUUCGUGGCUGCGUUGGCGUUUUUGCGAAUACCCCGCCUUUCGAGUCCUGCUCUGUGCUGGACGAGCGGCUUUUGAGGGGGUUGCUUUUUUUUUGUGCGACGAAAACGGUUUCUUGAACGCGCUACAUCGGUGAUUCGAUAUUCGCGCGCGCGCUGAUAACUGCUACUCUGCACACUUGCACUGGUCUCGUCUUCCAUCUCGGAAUUUUUAUUUGCGGAAGGCUCCCCUGGCCCAGCAGGGAGAGAGAGGGCACGAACGGAAUAAGAUGUAAUUACACAACAACACACGACCUCUCACACUCUCACCAUAAUAAGAAGAGGCCAAAAGCCCUCUGGAGAAAAUUGUUGAUAGAGGCAUCCAAAGAUAGGCAUGCGGGCAUUGCAUUUUACAUACCAAAAACAGACUCAGCUGGGCAACUACUAUUUUUGUAGAUGGAUGGGGAAGGGGGAGGGAGAUACAGACGCAGAUACAUAAAAAAUAGAAAAUGGGG